AUGUCUAGGAAGCGCACUCUUGAUGCCUUCUUCAGUCCGACUAUAAAGAAACCCAAAACAGAAACUGGAGAAAUCACUUCUAGCGACGUGAUUUCAGAAGAAAUCACAUAUUCUGAGCAUCAGUUCUACCCUCAUCCCAUCAAGAACCUACCAGCAUCUUUAAGCAAGGAGCUGUCUACUCUACCAGAUCAACCCGGACGAGAGAUCAAUGACCAACCUGACCUUGAUCUCCUGUACUUUCAGCCCUUCAUCUCAGGUUCGGUAUCUCGGGGACUCUUUGAGUUUCUUCGUUCAGAACUCCCGUUCUACAGAGUCGAGUAUAAGAUCAAGCGAGGCGGCAUAGAAACCCAGAUACGAACUCCAAGAUGGACAACUGUAUUUGGUCUUGAUGAGACUUCCAACUUCAAUGACAAAGGUCUCCCAGUAGACACCAACACAGGCUCGAGAGCCUUGGAUAAACAAUACGCCAGAUAUCCUCCCAGGCCUAUACCAAAAUGCCUUGAUGAACUUCGUCACAGAACAGAGCUAGCUACAGGCUGUAAAUACAACUUCUGCCUCGUCAACUAUUACGCCUCUGGCUCCGACAGCAUCAGCUAUCACAGCGAUGAUGAGCAGUUCCUGGGUCGUGAGCCAGCCAUCGCUUCUUUCUCAUUAGGGGCACGUCGUGAUUUUCUUAUGAAGCACAAACCGCCACCUCCGAAUGCUCCUAGCCCUCCUUCUGUGAAUGCGAAACCGCUCAAACUACCGUUGGGAAGUGGUGACAUGGUCCUAAUGAGAGGGAGAACGCAGUCUAACUGGCUGCACUCUAUACCAAAGCGAACGGGGAAGAACCAAGAAGAUGGCGGAAGGAUCAACAUAACUUUUCGAAGAGCGAUGGUCAAAGGCGGAACAGACAAUUACUACAACUACAAUGUAGGCACAGGGCCAGUGUACAGAUGGAAUAGGGAGGCCCGAGAAAUGCUGCUCUGGAAACCAUGA